UGCAUGCGGUCACGUGACACAAAACGACCGUUUUCUUUUUAAAAAGUGACGCGGAAAACAAGAGUGGACUCGUAUUUGUAACGGUUAUCGAUUAAAGUAAUAAUUCGGGCGUGAUUUCGGUAAUUUCAUUCAAAAUUGUGACGAAAAAUGGAGCGUUGUUUUGGUUAUCUCGAGUUUGUGCGUAAACCCGGCUUAUCUCCGACGAAGUUCGACCUCCAAGUGGCAGGCCCCACAACCAUUGGGGCUGCGAUAACGUGUGAUAUUCGCAUAAAAUCGCGCAAUGCAAACGCUGCCCCGGUGUCUUGUUCUAUCGAUUUGAACAACGACGGAGUGGCCAUUUUGGAAAACAAAGGUGACGACUUGAUUCUCCACAAUGGCAAGAAAAUGAAGAAAAGUGUUUUGCUGAAAGACAACGAUGAGUUUGUGGUGGUGGGAAAGCAUUUUCGUUAUGUAAACACGAACGCCCCCGUUGCGGACUUGCAGCCAGUUAUGUUCAAUAAAAGGCGGACAGUUAUGCCUGAUUUUAAGGUCAGAUCGGCGUCAAAAAUCCCAGUCCCUUCCAGACAUUUUACCACAGUGAGGAGGAGUUUAUCGACGUCAAAAGUCACAACUAAGACGUCCAGGAGUUCCUGUCCUAGCAAAAAACAGAGCCAUAUUUUCAAAUGGAAAACUAGUAGUGCUCUUAAUGUGAGCACACAAGGCUCAUCUGCACGUAAAUCACAAGAUUUGGCAACAAUGGUCCGCAAAUCGCUGUUUUUGAAAAAUAAAGGGGAAACAUUUAACUCUUCCAUUGCUUUAAAUGAGAGCAGAAAAUCACUUGUUACAAGUUUUGUGGCUCAAAAGACACCAUCACCUCGGGGGGUGAAAAGGGGACGCUCGUCCAGUACUGGAAGAGUGGUUAAAAAGACAAGGCGGGAAGAUACGUUUUUCUUAAGUUCGUCAAUCUCUGGUGAGCAAGUGUCACCACUAUAUGACACUCUUCUUCAAAUAAUCAGUCCUCAAAAAUCGGUCGCCAAUGUCUCUGAUGUGAGUGAUUUUGAAGAAUUUUUGGAAAGUUCAAGCCUUGAGUCUUCAAUCAACGAGUUAACUGAUACGAAUUUAAUGAAAACUCCUGAAAUAUCAAAGUCUGAAGGCAUUGACUUGACAAACGUCAGUGGAGUUGAAAAGGUUUUUAAAACCCACAAAGUUCAGAAAUCACCCAAAAACGAUUUAACGAACGUCAGUGGACUGGAGAGGAUUUUGAGAACCCCGAAAGUUGAGGAAUCGCCUAAAAACGAUUUAGGAAAUAUUAGUGGAGUUAAGAAAAUUUUGAAAACUCCCCGACUUCACAAAUCACCGAAAAACGAUCUAGCAAAUGUGAGCGGAAUUUCGGAAAUUUUCAAAACUCCCCAAGUUCAGAAAAAGGGUUUAGCAAACGUCAGUGGAACAAAGAAGAGAACUCCGAGAGAUGUAAUGUCGCCGAAAAAUGAUUUGACAAGUGUUAGUAGAGUAACGAGAGCUUCGAAAACUCCGAAAGCUCAGAAAUCACCGGAAAACGAUUUAGCAAAUGUCAGUGGAAUUUCGGAAAUUUUUAAAACUCCCAAAGUCCGGAAAUCUCCCAAAAACGAUCUGUCAGACAUCAGCGAAGGAAAGAAAAUCGUGCGAACUCCGAGCGUUGUAAAGUCACCGAAAAAUGAUUUGACAAGUGUUAGUGAAGUAAAGAAAAUUUUGAAAACUCCAAAAGCUCAGAAAUCACCGGAAAACGAUUUAGCAAAUGUCAGUGCAAUUUCGGAAGUUUUCAAAACUCCAAAAGCCCAUAAAUCUAAAAACGAUCUGUCAAACGUCAGUGGAGAAAAGAAGAUUGUGAAAACUCCGAGAGUUGUAAUGUCGCCGAAAAAUGUUUUUGCGAAUGUUGGUGGAGUAAAGAAAGCUUUGAAAACUCCCAAAGUUCACAAAUCACCGAAAAACGAUUUAGCAAAUGUUAGUGGCAUUUCGGAAAUUUUUAAAACUCCCAAAGCCCAGAAAUCUGAAAACGAUCUGUCAAACGACAGUGGUGUAAAGGAAAUUUUGAAAACUCCAAAAGCUCAGAAAUCACCGAAAAACGAUUUAGCAAAUGUCAGUGCAAUUUCAGAAAUUUUCAAAACUCCCAAAGUCCAGAAAUCUCCUGAAAACGAUCUGUCAAACGGCAGUGGAGUAAAGAAAAUUUUGAAAACUCCAAAAGCUCAGAAAUCACCGAAAGACGAUUUAGCAAAUGUCAGUGCAAUUUCAGAAAUUUUCAAAACUCCCAAAGUCCAGAAAUCUCCUGAAAACGAUCUGUCAAACGGCAGUGGAGUAAAGAAAAUUUUGAAAACUCCAAAAGCUCAGAAAUCACCGAAAGACGAUUUAGCAAAUGUCAGUGCAAUUUCGGAAAUUUUCAAAACUCCAAAAGUCCAGAAAUCUAAAAACGAUCUACCAAACGUCAGUGGAGAAAAAAAGUUUGUGAAAACUCCGAGAGUUGUAAAAUCGCCGGAAAAUGAUUUGACAAGUGUUAUUGGAAUAAACAAAAUUUUGAAAACUCCGAAAGCUCAGAAAUCACCGAAAAACGAUUUAGCAAAUGUCAGUGGAAUUUCUGAAAUUUUCAAAACUCCCAAAGUCCAGAAAUCUCCUAAAAGCGAUCUAUUAAACGUCAGUGGAGAAAAGAAGAUUGUGAAAACUCCGGGAGUCGUAAAAUCGCCGGAAAAUGAUUUAGCUAACGUUAGUGGAGCAAAGCAACUUUUGGAAACUCCCAAAUCACCGAAAAACGAUUUGGCAAAUGUCAGUGGAAUUUCGAAAAUUUUCAAAACUCCUAAAGUUCAAAAAUCUCCUAAAAAUGAUCUAACACACGUCAGUGGAGUAAAAAAGAUUUUGAGAACACCCAAAGUUUUAAAGUCCCCCAAAAACGAUUUGACCAAUGUUAGUGGAGUAAAGGAGAUUUUAAAAACUCCGAAAGCUCAGAAAUCUCCGAAAAACGAUUUAACCGACGUUAGAGGAGUUAAAAAGAUUUUGAGAACUCCGAAAGUUCAAAAAUCACCGAAAAAUGAUCUAACAGACGUCAGAGGAGUUAAAAAGAUUUUGAAAACUCCAAAAGUUCAGAAUUCACCGAAGAACGAUUUAACCGACGUUGCGGGAGUUAAGAACAUUUUGAAAACUCCAAAACAUCCAAAAUCACCCGAAAACGAUUUAAGUAACGUCAGUGGGAUUGCGAAAAUUUUGAAAACACCUAAGGUUCAAAAAUCACCCAAAAAUGACUUGUCGAAUGUUAGCGGAAUUAAUCUUUUAAAAACUCCCAAAGUUCCGAAAUCGCCAUUGAACGACUUGACGAACGUAGCAGGUGUGAAAAAGCUUUUCAAAACUCCCAGAGUUGUGAAAUCGCCCCAAAACGAUUUACGUGACGUGAGAGGAGUGAAGCAAAUUUUCAAAAGUUCCAAGUUGCAAAAACCUCCGAAAAACGACUUAAGUGAUGUUGUUGGAGUACGAGAACUUUUUGAAACUACAAAAACCGAUACUCCUCAUAACUUACUUUCUUCUCUUCGAAGCUUUUUGUUGGCAGAUAAUUUAACAUCACAAGCUGAAGAAGUGACUGAACAGGCGCGACCUCGUGGCCGACCUAAAAAAACUGUUAAAAAUUUGAAUCUGGAAUUGGAAAAUUCACCAACUCCUAAAACUAAAAAGAGAGGUCGAGGUAAACGACCAAUUUCUCCCGCAUCAGAGGAAACGGAAACUCCGGAACAAAAACGAAGUUUGCGCACGCGUAAAGCAACAGCAACGAGUGAAACUAACCUUAAAAAAACGCCGCAAAAAGAAAAAAUGUCUGAGAAGAAUGAUCAAAAAGUGGAGGAAGUGACAGUAUCGCCGAAAAAAAGAAGAGGGAGAAAGAGGAAGGUUGAACAAGAGGUGGUGAUUAGUGUUGCGGAAGAGAAACAGGAAGAAGUAGUUGAGAAAAAGAAGAAUACGAGAGGGCGUAAGAAGAUCGUAAAGGAAGACGUUGCAGAAACGCGAUCGCUGAGGAAUAAGAAAGGAAAAGUGGAGGAGAAACAACAGGAUGAAGUAGUGGAGAAGAAAACGAAUACCAGAGGGCGCAAGAAGGUCCUAGAGGAAGAAGUAGAAGAGGAGAAGAAAGUUUCCAACACGAGUAAGGAUCAAGUUGAGGAGACCGAAGAGCCGAAAAGAAAAACGACUAGACGAAAGAAGAAGGAUGAGCCAGUUAAUGAAAGUACAAAGCAGUUGGAGGUUAAAGAGAUAAAAAGUACAAAUACAAAGGGUAGAAGAGGUAAAAAAAGUGUUGAAGAGUCCAGCAGAUACAACCUUCGAAUCAGAUGAAAAAAGAAGUUAUAUUUUUAGUUUUAUUUAGAUUUUUUUAUGUUAUAAUAAUGCAAUUAUUAGUUAAAAACAGUCCCUGUGCUAUGAAUAAUUUUUAAAUAAAAGACACUACCAAUUUA